UGUGAUCACUUCCGGUUCAAAGUUUGAGGAGGUCACGGUGUCCUUCCACACGUGUGUUUCCAGGCGUAACUAGUACUCGCAUUACAGUAGCUGGUAACUGGAACUAGGGGCUUAUCAAACCAUUGUAUUUUAUUUAUUUACUAGUCAAAUUGACCAAACUGUAAUCAUGCUAAAGAUGCUUUCCCGAGCGGUGACUACCGCAGUACGAAUUUCUACAUCCACAAUGUCCUCGACUGGUGCUCUCCAUCCUCUUGCCAGGUCGGCGUUAUGCCCUCCUAACUCGGGAACAAUCCGGCCGUUCACCCGGUCUCUCUGGAUGAUGAGCAAUAAUGGUGCAGCGUCGGGGUACCGACCAAAACUCUUCGGUUCAAAGGGACCGAGUCCUGUAUCCUGUGAAUGUGUGUCGCUACAUACGGAAGGGGACAAAGCCUUUGGAGAUUUCCUGUCUGAUGAAACGAAAGAAGAGAAGAAAAUUCAGAAAAGCAAGACUCUUCCCAAGCUGUCUGGAGGUUGGGAGCUACAGCAGAAUGGCACAGAAGCCAAACUCAUCAGGACGCUCUCUGGAGAAAAAGUGACGGUCACAUUCAACAUCAACAACAGUGUCCCCCCUAACUUUGAAGAGGAGGCUGAACAAGUGCAAGGACAGAAGUCGGCAGAAAGUGAGCCUGAUAUUGUGUCAACACCGAACUUUGUUGUCGAGGUGACGAAACCAGCAGCAAAACAUUCCUUGGUGUUUGACUGCCAUUAUCCUGAAGAUGAGGUAAGCCAUGGUGAAGGGGAAGAGGAGAGCGACAUCUUUUCCAUACGUGAGGUCAGUUUCCAGCCCGAGGGAGAUGGCGAAUGGAAGGAGACAUCCUACACACUCAACACAGAGUCUCUGGAUUGGGCUCUGUACGACCACCUGAUGGACUUCCUGGCUGACCGGGGGGUUGACAACAAGUUUGCUGAUGAACUGAUCGAGCUGAGCACGGCCAUGGAGCAUCAGGAGUAUGUCAAGUUCCUGGAGGACCUUAGUGGCUUUAUCAAAUGCAAUUAAUGUGUAUGUAGAUGGAACAGAAUUCAUUAACUGAAAUUUAAACAUGUGGCUUAGACACCAUCCCCUCUAUAUAUUUUCCAUUUGUUUCCAAUCUAAUUGUGGGGGGGGGGUAUAGGUACAAUAAUUGUUGCAUUUAAAUGUUUCUGCAGCUUUUAAUUUCAUAUUGAAUCACUUUGCUGCAUCUUACUGUAACUGAUGUUAAUAUAAAAGGCUGUUAGUGUCGUCAACA